AUGUCCCUGCUCGCCUUCUCUUUUCCGCGCGAACUUGGACUCGCCCCGCUCGGGGCUGCCGGGCCUCAGCCUACGGGCUCGAGGAAUCCGCCGCGCUCAGCCUAGUCCCAGCGGCGGGUAGGAUGCGACCCCUAAACUGGGAAGCCAAGACGCUCUGCGAUUGGCCGGCUGCGGGAGUCGCGUGCUCGGAUUGGCUCCUGGCGCCGUCAAGAAAAGCAAUUUGAUUUGAGUAUUACUGACCAUGCAGCCUGCAAUUCAAGUGUGGUUUGGAGAAGACCUGCCUCUAAGCCCACGGAGCCCUCUGACCCCCAGGCAUGGGCCAGGUUUGGCUGAUGUUUGUCAGUAUGAUGAGUGGAUAGCUGUGAGGCACAAAGCCACCCUAUUGCCCAUGCAAGAAGAUCUGUCAAUCUGGUUAUCUGGUUUAUUAGGUAUUGAAGUUAAGGCAGAAAGAUUACUGGAAGAGCUUGAUAAUGGAGUGCUGUUAUGCCAACUGAUUGAUGUUCUUCAGAACAUGGUGAAGGCCUGCAGCUCUGAAGAACCAGAGAAUUUUUCAAUGAGAAAAGUGCCCUGUAAGAAAGAUGCUGCCUCUGGUUCGUUCUUUGCUAGAGACAAUACUGCGAACUUCCUUCACUGGUGUAGGCACAUUGGGGUUGAUGAGACGUACCUCUUUGAAUCUGAAGGUUUAGUUUUGCACAAAGAUCCAAGACAAGUGUAUCUUUGUCUUCUUGAAAUUGGUCGAAUUGUGUCAAGGUAUGGGGUUGAGCCACCAGUAUUAGUAAAACUUGAGAAAGAAAUUGAGUUAGAAGAGACCUUACUUAAUACUUCUGGGCCUGAAGAUUCCAUCAGCAUCCCCAAAUCGUGCUGUCAGCAUGAAGAGCUGCAUGAAGCUGUUACACACAUUGCUGAAGAUCCCCCUUGCAGUUGUUCUCAUCGGUUUUCUAUUGAAUACUUAUCUGAAGGACGGUACCGACUAGGAGAUAAAAUACUCUUUAUAAGAAUGCUUCAUGGAAAACAUGUCAUGGUCCGUGUUGGUGGAGGCUGGGAUACUCUUCAAGGAUUUUUGCUUAAAUAUGACCCCUGUCGAAUAUUACAGUUUGCUACACUAGAACAAAAAAUUCUAGCGUUUCAAAAAGGCGUUUCUAAUGAAAAUGUGCCCGAUUCACCUGCCAGAACACCCCAGCCUCCUGAAAUGAAUCCGAUGUCAGCAGUUAGCAUGAUUCAGAAAGAAAAAUCAAAACCAGGCACGCCAGUUGGUAUUCCAAGGAGCAGAGAAAAGCUGCCAGCACCUUCCCUGAAAGGAGGUCACCCGGGCUCCGUGUCAGUCCGUUCAAAAACGCCACAUCUCCCAGCAGCAUCUUCUCAUCUCAAACUCCAAUCUUCAAAAGGCACAGCAAAGAAGCCACAGGCUCCUUCCAACAAUGCAGCGUCUUCACUUGCUUCUUUAACUUUAGGAGGUAAAAGCACUUCUUCCCCAGCCUUACCAAGAACUGCACCUUGUGGAUCUGAGUCAUUGAGAAAAUGUAUCUCAUCACCCAACACUCCGAAGGCCAAGUUUACUUCAGCCCAGAAAUCAAGAAAUGUGCCCGAAUCUAUACUUUUGCCAAAUAAGUGUUCAGGGAAAACGCAGCUAAAGCAUCUGAAACACAGUCAUACAUCCUCCAGGGAUAAUGCAGUAUGUCACUCAGCUGCACAUUUGAAUUCAUCAUCAAAGUGUCCGAAGCUACCUAAACCUUCUCUUUCUGUCCAGUCCCCUGCAGAAAUGAUGAAACCCAGUUCCAAAACCGUAACUCCAGGUCUAGGAACACGGUCUCCGCCUUCAGACGGAGCCCUGCAAGCAGGGGCAGUGCCAGCACAGAAACUUAAGUCAGCCUUGAACUUAAACCAGCCACUUUCUGUAUCCUCAGUCACUCCUGCAGAAGCACAGGAAUCGAAAGAUAAGAAGGUAGUUUCAUUUGCCAAAAAGCAGCCUCAGAAGACAGGACCCGGCUCCUCCAAGUCCCCUGGUCGCACCCCGCUCUCCGUCGUGAGUCUUCCUCAGUCUUCUGCCAAAGCACACGCGGUGUCAAAGGCAGCGCAGACUGCCACCAGGGGCCCGCAUUCAGCCAGAGGGCCUCCCAAAGGUGGCAAAGCCCCAGCUCCCACCAGGAAACCACCCUCAUCUGUUAAGGAAGCAGUGAGUGGGGAUAAAAAGCCUACUGCAAAGAAAAAGGAAGAUGAUGAUCACUAUUUUGUCAUGACUGGAAGUAAGAAACCUAGGAAAUAAAUACAAAUGUGCCAUUUAAAAAAAAAACACACAGAAAAAGAAGAGAGUGAAUGUGUUAGCUUCACAAGUUAAAAGGUUCUGUCUGUGCUUGUCCAAAUUGGUUCAGACAUUAAGUACAGUAGCAUGGGGGUGCAGGUUGGGAUGGAGCUAGGGGUGGUGAGGAGAGGGCUCAUCAGAAUUCCAGAGCUGAGGUCUCCAUAUCUUGAGGCAGGCAGCUGUAAAAUUGCCACAAGGUUCAUAUGAAUAAUAGAAUCUUUGU